AUGAAAAUCCUCACGUCAAACUUCGUCACCUGCGCCGUGAAAGCAUGCAAAUCCUCCUCCGCUUCAUACCCACUACACUUCCGCAACGCAGAGCUCGAGGAAGAAGAACUCGACUUCCAGCCUGAUUUUGUCCGAAAUAUCUUGCCUAGGGUGGACUGGGCGGCUCUUAAAAUAAGUGCUAGCGAGCUUGGGUUCCCAUCGAUAAGCGAGUCGAAGCCUGAAGGCGAGGAGUUGAAUAACGAGCAGCUACUGCGGGAUUUGCAUAAGUUGCUUCUUGAGACGCAUGUUGUGGAAGGCGAGCUGGUGUGCGGGAACUGUGGACAUGAGUAUAAGAUAAAAGAAGGGAUUGCGAACUUCUUGCUUCCGAGCCAUCUUGAUGGACAGAGUUAG